ACUACUUGGCUAGUGGUCAUUCCCUUCUUAUAGACUAUCGGUGACCAGCAAACUCGCUGGGAAAAAAAUCGACAUUUUUUCGGACUUUUGUUGUUGUUAUUGUUGUGCAAGUUCGGACACGAGACCCAGAAAGCCUUUCAAUCUCAGGUUUCAAAUAUGUUGACUCACGACAGAGACGAAGAACUCUCUCUGUUCCUUGAGAUGCGUCGUCGCGAGAAAGAACACAGAGCUGAUUCUCUUUUAACAGGAUCUGAUAAUGUUAGUAGUAUCAAUGAAACGUUGAAGGCUGCUGCGGCAGCGGCGCUCUCUGGUGUCUCAGAAACGGCGUCGUCUCAACGUUAUCCUCUCCGGAGAACCGCCGCCGAGAACUUCUUGUAUUCUGAGAAUGAGAAGUCUGAUUACGAUUGGCUUCUUACUCCGCCAGGCACACCACAGUUCGAGAAAGAGUCGCAUAGAAGCGUAAUGAAUCAGCUCGAUGCUCCCACUUCUCGCCCCACGGCUCUUAAAUCUCGGUUAGGGAACUGCCGUGAAGAGAUCGUCUCAGUGAACAAUAAUAAGCCCCAAACGAGCUCUUCUUCUGUAGCUGGACUCAGGCGACCAUCAUCCUCAGGUAGCUCAAGGUCAGCGAGUAGACCUUCCACACCGACAAGAAGGUCUAUAACUCCAACCACCUCUACAACAAGGCCUGUGACCACCAAAGCUUCAACCUCUAGAUCCUCAACACCCACCUCACGUGCCACCUUAACUGCUGCACGUGCUACUACCUCCAUGACGGCGUCGCGAACCACUACCUCGUCGGCUCCACGAACCACUACCUCGUCGGCUACACGAACCACUACCACGUCUACCGGUUCAGCGAGAUCAGCUACUCCAACUCGGUCUAAUACUAAUACUCGGCCAUCUUCUGCACCUUCUAAAAAACCAGUAUCAAGGCCAGCCACACCAACCCGCAGGCCUUCAACCCCGACUGGUCCAUCAAUAGUUUCGAGUAAGGCUCCGUCCCGAGGGACUUCUCCUUCUCCUACUGUUAAUUCUUCCAGGCCAUGGAAACCUCCGGAGAUGCCUGGUUUCUCUUUAGAAGCCCCACCGAAUCUGAGGACGACUUUAUCAGACCGGCCGGUCUCAGCUUCAAGAGGCAGACCUGGAGUCGCCUCAGCACCAGGUUCAAGAUCGGGUUCCAUAGAACGCGGAGGAGGUCCCACCAGUGGCAGCGUCAGUCAUGCAAGAAGGCAAUCUUGUUCGCCGUCCAGAGGUCGGGCUCCUAUAGGGAACACCAACGGGAGUGUAACAGGUGUGCGUGGGCGAGCUAAGGCAGCAAACAACAGCGGAAGUGAUAGCUUGAGCCCAGUGGCUAUGGGUAAUAAAAUGGUUGAGAGAGUGGUGAACAUGAGGAAACUAGGUCCACCGCGGCUAACUGAGAGUGGCGGUCGAGGAACCGGGAAAUCUAACUCCGCUUUUAACAGCCUUGGUUAUGGGAGAAACCUCUCCAAGAGCUCAAUCGAUAUGGCCUUAAGACAUAUGGAUAUAAGACGAGGCAUGACGGGAAAUCUCCGACCGCUUGUGACGAAAGUUCCGGCAUCAUCAAUGUACAGUGUGAGAAGUCGGCCGGCUAGUGUCUCAAGCUCGCCGAUGGCCACAAGCAGCACCGUGAGCUCAUCUGAACCGAGUGUUGACAACAUCAACAUUCUAUGCUUAGACGGGAACGAAGCUGAAAAUGAUGAUCUUCUCAGUGAGAGAAGCUAUGCUUCUCCACGAGAUCAGUUCCCCAAGUUCACAUCUUGACCCAUGUUAUUAUAUAUCCUAUGUUCUUGUUUUUGUUCUAACACUUUGAAACUACGUGUUUCUAAGUGAUCCGUUAAAUUUAAGAAACUCAGGUAUCAGAUGUCUUUUUUCCUUCAUAAAAUGUUUUUGCAGAAAACAACUGCUAAAGGGUGUGUCUGGAUUUUAAACCUUAAGCUUUUAAAACCA